AUGUUCUAAAAUACAAAACAUUUAAGAAAAGUAUUAUUUUCUACAGCGAUUCAAAAUGGCUCUCAAAUCUAGGAUUUUGCAAGCAUUGACCCAGCAACCUUGAUUAAAAUGGGAUUAAGAAAAAACUCACUUGAAUUAUUUAAUAGUCUUAGAGAUCGAUUAAACUUUUGUAAAUAUGAAAUGAUUAGCGAUUACAGAAAUCUUAUGACUUAUGUAUAGAGAUCUCAUAUCAAUCAUUUUGUUGAUAGGCAAUCAUAUGAUCGUGUCGUAGCUAAUCAAUUUAGUGAGAAUUUGAUAAACAGUCACAUGAUUUGGUUAUCAUAUAUCAUAAUGGAAGAAAAGGAUUACAUGUUGCCCUUACGAAACUUGGAAUCAGUUUGGUACAAAAAUGUGUUAUAUUUGAACAUCAAACAAAUAUAUGCUGUCCUCACGUUUUAUGAGAAAUUCAAUUUAUACAUAUCAGAUAGGACUCUGUAUGAAAUGCUCAAAAUAAUCCAUAAAAACUAAUAGAAGUAUCAACAGGAAGUGGAUAUCCUUUACCAUUGUCUGUAAAUCAUUGAAAAAUAAUCCACUCUAUUGAAAAAUGACCCAUUAUUCUUAGACCUCUAAAACAACAUUUCAUCAAAGAUUAAGGAAACCGAAGCAUAAGCAAGAAUAAUGGAGAAUACUAAUUUCUUUCUUAUUCAUCCCUUAGAGAAUUUAUCAAUUAUUAAAGAAGGUUUGAAAGGGUAAAACUAUUAAUUAACAUCAUAAUAAAUGAAACACAUGUUAACUAUUAUUCAAAAUACUUUGUUCAAUAAUCCAUCUUACAGCAAGACUGAAUUAAAUGAAAUCAUCAACAAAUUAUAAUAACUAUUCUCCUAAAACAACACAUUAUCAAAUAAGUUUCAAUUCUCCUUGCUUUAAAAAUUACUUGAUCAAGAAACAGAUCUAACAAAAUUUGAUCCAUAAGUAGAUUACUUAAAAAUCAAUGACUUAUAAUUUUUAUUUAAGACAAGAUUGUUAAUAAAAAAAGAUGAAAAAUCAUCAGAAGAUUUAAAACAUUAUAUUUUUAAGUUCCUUUUGAAAACAACGUAAAACAGGAAAAUUUAUUGCGUUGAUUUUGAUCAUUUCUAUUCUAUUAAUAAAAUGAUAGCAGAAAAUUAAGAGUACAGUAUGUUGCUUAAACCUUAUAGAGAGUAUUUGGGAGUCUAUAGUUUUUUGUAUUGA